AGAGAUCGGGCUUCCCUGUGUGUCACUGGCAAGCUGUCUGAAUGCAGGAAGAGGCCAGGCUUGCUGGGCUGAGAAACGUAUGUACUAACUGUGUGCUACUGAAAGGGAGUCAGUGAGCCCCUGUGCUCUACAACAGUGUUAGUUCUAGUGUGUAGCUUGCUUGACAUUUUAGAUUUUUAUAACAGAGAAACUCCACUAAUCUUCCACCUUCUUCUUGUUAGAUGAUAACAUAACUACUUGCUUUUAAACUUAACUGGCCUGUGCUGUGUGUGACUGCUGACAGUCUGUCAUAGUUGUAAUUGUUUUUAUUUUUUAGAUUGUCUGUCUGUCAUAAUCCACUCCAGGUUCUAAGAGAUUGCACAUACGUGUCUUGCGUUCACCAACUUGCUAGUUAGUGAUCUGUGUAAGCCUUUAAUCGUUUGAAUUUGUUUCUGUAGUUCACCUACCUGCGAACCUAAUCCACCCAUAAUCUAUAUAUUACACAUCUCACCCAUUCCUAUUUAUAGAUAUGUGUCUGUGUUAUUUGUACAAACCAGAGCUAAUGAUAAUUUAGCAUUUUGCUUUUGCUGUGGGAUCCUUUAUUUAUACAUUUGAAUAUUAAAAGAUGCUGGUUAUGUUUUUGCACCCAAAAAUAAUUUCAGAUUUUGGGUGUGCUAAUAUUAUUUAUUUAUUGUAGUGUUGAAAUUUAAAUUCAUAUUUAUAUUUUCUUACAAUGGAGUUCUACGUAUAACUAAUUGAAUUUUAGCAAAUGUAAAUAUGAAUUGAAAAAUGUAGGCUAAAAUAGCUGAUUUGGAUAGAUUCACCAAUUCAGUUCUACUUAAAGCUUGGCUAUUGUAGUCUACAUGUUGCAUUCAGAUUUAAUUAAAGGGACACCUUAGUUAUAAGAAAAACUACAGCUUAAUUAAGUUGUUAAGGUGUGUGCAACCUGCCCCUGUAGGUUUUUUUAAUGUAAACACUGCCAUUUCAGAGCAGUGUUGACAUUACUGCCUAGGAACAUCUCCAGUGGCAGUCACUCAGAGAGCCACUAGAGAUGCUUCCGGGGUGUGCAGCACUGACAUUCAGCGCAUGGAGACGCUGAACGCUCUUCAUAUAGAAGCAUUGAUUCAAUGCAUCUCUAUGAGGAGAUGCUGACUGGCGCAGUGUUUUUCCACUCAUGCGCAAUAGCCUCCCAAUGCUUUCCCAUGGGAAAGCAUUGGAUUGGCUGAGAUCAUCAAUUUUCAUGAUUUUUGGAAAGGAAGCAGAAUGGAGACCUGCGUGGUAAUGGAAAUAAGGUGAGUAAAACCAACCUUUUAGUUUUUUUGUAAUGGGGCGGGGCAACUACACUUUGUUUUUACAACUAUAGUGUCAGGAAUAAACUUUGUAUUCCUGACACUAUAAUGUUUCUUUAACUAAUAAUUUGGUGUUUAGUGAAUAAUCCUGUCAGAAAUUCCUCCUGCAUUGCUGUGCUGUAAUACCUUUUUGUUGUUUUGAAGUAUAAUAAUAGAUAUACCGGUAUUUGUGUGAGGGGCAAAUAAGGCCGUAAAGGAAAUUAAAAAGGGGGGAAUAAGUCGGUUGUGGUGUGCCGGAACCGACGUUGUGGUAGGCCUGUAAUAAAAGAGGGCCCACCCAUGAGGUGUAAUAAAAAGUAUAAAUAAAGGGAGUGGAGGGUGGGGACAUGUAAAUCGCUAAAAAACGAACAGGACUGAGGAAGGUGAGGAUGGGGUUUAAGUAGGUUAACAUGCCCCUCCCACAACUGCAGGCCAAGCCUUCACAUUUGUGUGAGGGGCAAAUAAGGCCGUAAAGGAAAUAAAAAAGGGGGGAAUAAGUCGGUUGUGGUGUGCCGGGACCGAUGUCGUGGUAGGCCUGUAAUAAAAGAGGGCAAAAAGGAUACCUGUUUAAAAGCAACCAACAACCUUAAAUAGCCUAGCCGUAUGGUAACAGCUGAGCGAGUAAUUAGGUGCCCGGUGCUUUGAACGGCCCUCUAACUUGUGGAAGGGAAAGUAAGGAAUAUAAAAACAUGUUGGCCAUCUAGUGUAGACUAAGUGUGGGGUAGAGAAGGUAAUCAAUAGACUGCAUGAGUAGGUGAGAUUCCCUGAGACAAUGCUGCAAUAUGACGUGGUGACUGUGGGAACUAUGUGGGACCACGAGAAACUGUAUAGUGGCUUGACAACUAGACUACAUAGUUGCCUUGCUGAUAAAGACUAGCGUUCCCCAAUUCCAGCCUACCUCACAUCUGUGAUUAAACGGUUGAUCCAAAAGAAGGCAAAAAACCCAGUUUGAUGCGCUUUCCAAUUUGCAACAAGCUAGGGAAAAAAUUCCUUCUUGACCCCAGAAUGGCAGUCGGAUUUAUCCCUGGAUCAAGCAGAUAUCGCCCCACAUUGAAAAUUGAUGCCCGGUCGUGAUGACAAGUGUUAAAUAGGUCUGGUAGUGAUUGCAAAAACUUGGAUGAUGAUGGGAAAUCAGGAGAUUUAACAUUCCCAUAACCUGAACCCAUGAGUAUGGUAAUAAACUAGUAUGAUGACAUGAAACUGCGUGUGACUAGAAACCUGUACAACAUGUGAAGUUGUAGACUGGAUAGGUAGAGUUGAUGCAAGUAAGAGGUGGCAAAAAGAAGCGAAAGUUAAUCACGGAUAACCUAUCAACCGAAACAGUAAAUGUUAUAUGUGAGACAAGAGCCUCGCAGGGGAAGAAGGUCCGAACACAUGCAUCGCGAGCGCUAGAAAGACGAGAGCCAGACGUGAAAGAUGGCAACCACGAGCUUACAAGGCUGGCAGCCCCCGAGCAAGCCCAGAAACGCGGGGAAUAGUAGCGGCUGCGGGAGAGGCCAUCGGCAGGGCCACAUCACAGGACUGAUCGUACGAAAGAUGUGUGGGAAGACUGGUUCAGAUCCAGCCAAAGCGGCAGAUGCCAGUUACCCCAACCUGCCAUCCAACACCGCCCCAUAGCCGACAGCAGCGUCACCCGUGUAGGUGGACAGACACUGAGAGAACAGCUGUACCGGAAGGCUGCCGUGAGGGGGGGGAAUAAGCUGACUCUCGAGAACCGCAGUAAGCGAGGAAGCGCCCAGGACCUGAAAAUAAGGUAGGCGUAGCCGAAACUCCACAGGGAGAUGAGAACCAGACCCAGCCAGAGAGCCCGGACGAAAAUAAAUAAAUAAAUAAGUAAAAUAAAAAAUACCACGGCUUGCAGCGGAGACUAAGAACCGCGCCCAAGCGACCCAAAAAGCGCGUGAGCGUGAAAGAGUGUGCGUGCGUGCUGGCAUACUAGCUAAUGCCAAAAGGCGAAACAAUUAAAAACUAGGUUUGGUGACAGGUGAGGCCCUGCUAGAUGCCAAGCGGCGUGAGAGGCUCUAUCUAUGAGUUGGCGCGAGGGGACAACGUGGCCACUGAACGUUGUGGUGGGGUGUUGGCCUCUCGGUGACUUGUAGCAUAAGAUAGAAUGGGAGUGACAGGUGAGGCCCUCCCUAUGCCACGAUGUGACUAACUAUGAUUUGGCCUGAGGGGGCGUAGUACCUCCGAGUAUGAGGAUGGGUGUUGGCCUCGCGGGACCACUAACCUAAGGCGAAGAAACCAGGGGGGAAUUACAAGCUAGUGGACAUCUAGGACCCUGACAGCCAGCUUCAGCUAACUAAGAGGGGAGGGAAGGCAGUGUGAGAGAGGACGGAUUUGCUGAAACGUGUAUCGAAACCGUGAGUGUGAACGAGGAAAAACCGCAGUACCGACCGGAACCGAAAUCAGAGUAAGCGCGAUAGAGUCCAGGCAGACAGGCUGAAAGGAGCAAGCUCGGCAGUAGGUAACAGAAACUGUGGUGGUGUAAACCCCAUGGGGGUCACGAGACCCAGUGCGAGUGUGUGUGUGAGCGCUGGCAUACUAGCUAAGCCGAAACAAUUAAACUAGGUUUGGUGGCAGGUGAGGCCCUGCUAGAUGCCAAGCGGCGUGAGAGGCUCUAUCUAUGCGUUGGUACGAGGGGAUAGCAUAGCCACUGAACGUUGUGGUGGGGUGUCGGCCUCUCGGUGACAGUUAAACAUAAGAUAGAGUGGGAGUGACAGGUGAAUCCCUCUCUAUGCCACAGUGCGAGGCGACUAACCAUGAGUUGGCCCGAGGGGCGUAGUACCUCCGAGUGAAAGGAUGGGUGUUGGCCUCGCGGGACCACUAACCUAGGCAAAGAAGCCAGGGGAAUUACAGCUAGUGGCCCCUAGGGCCCUGACAGCCUGCAACAGCUAACUAAGAGAGGGUAAAGAGUGAGAAAGGGGACGUACAGUGUGAAAGAAAAGAAGAGGGAGCGGGGAACGAGGAAGAAAUGUAGGGGCAACUGUCGGGGUCCAGGUGUACAGGCUGAUAUGGAAGCACGCAUGGGAAAAAUAGGAAAAAAGAAAGCGCAUGUGCGUGUACAGCCCAUGGGGCUCAUAAGGGCCAGAUCGUGCCCGGUAACAAAACCUAACGCUCCUACUGGAAAAAACGUAGCACGGGUAUAGCGGGCAGACGUAGCCCAGCCAAGCUGGGAAAAUAAAAAUCGGAAGAAAAAACCCAGCGGCGGGACCACACCCUCACGAAUACUGGAACUACAUAGCUUAAGACUGUGUAUUGACGCAGCAGGAAAGGAAACUCGAACGAGACACCCCAGUCCAUAUUUAUUUUUUUUUUAUAAAGAAUGACACGCGCCAUCUAACCGAGCUUAUCCUCAGGGACACGAAGAAGAGUGAAACGUACAUGUGAUGUCAUGUGGCCAUUUUGUAACCUGGCCCUACCAAACCCAAGUUAGGUGCAGUUAUUGAUUUCGCCCCAUGCUAACGGCCAAAGAUAUAGCAAUUGAUCCAGGGGAAGUUGCCAUUUAGAGGCACCCUAGAUCAGUAUCUUCAGAGGUUCUAGGUACACCCUGCGCCCACAAAAUUUACCGCACAUAGACGCCUACAUGUAAAGUCACCCAGCUAAAUGUCCCUGGGAGGUGUACUACAUGUCUAGUAGGUGUAAGGGUAAGCUCUACUAGGGAACUGUGCUGCCUGGUAGCAGUGAUGUUUAUGAUGGGUUAAUAAAUGUUCGGAGCCAGUGUGGCCUCAGAACUCUCCCCCCCCUUUUAAAUCCCUGUUCCCUGGGCCUUGUGAAGACCGAAUGAGACUCGCCCGCCUGCUAGUUAGACAGUAAAGACUCACACCAGAUGCACAUAAAAGCAACAUACAUGCAAUUAGAAGAAGCAGCACAGAUAUCUGCAUAAAUUGCAAGCAUGUCUGCUUUUCCCAAGGUAAACUCUGUCUCUCGCAUUAAGGUAAACAGUGAGCUGGGAAAAGCAUAGUUGAAAGCAGGUAAUUAAUCACACACACUGUUUUAUCUCACACUGCUUCCAGCAACUUCAAGCCCUAAGUGAGAAAAGGGAGUUGAGCAGUUACGUCUGGACUCUUUAAGGACUCUUCAUAUAUAUACCAGCUAUGCCUAAGCAUCCUACCUCACCCAGAACUGCACCCGACACACGCUUGUGCGGCCGCAUGGACAUGCGAAACUUGCGACAGCGCCGCCGCUGAUAGCCAAGAACGCCCGAAAGAGUGGCGCGGCAAGCCGAGCCGCCAGCGGAGGCGAGCAGCAGAACCCCCCCUCCCCCCCAAGAGACCAAAGAACACUUGCAAAAAAGGAGACCCGAGUCUUGCAGCGCCAGAGCCCAGGAGGACCGCGGACCAACAGGCAGCAGGGAAACAGCAGGCCAGGACAACGAAGCCAUGAGGAACAGGAAAGGAGAGGAAUGACAACCCGAUGUGCGAAUCGCGAAAAAACAGACGGGAAUGAGGAAGGUGAGGAGGGGGUUUAAGUAGGUUAACAUGUCCCUCCCACAACUGCAGGCCAAGCCUUCACAUAUAUCAUUUUGCAGCUUUUAUUCAACUGUGGUAAACUAUUAAAUAAGAUCUACUCAAGCCUGGAUGAUCUCACUUUUUACAGCUGACAGAACAGUGAGAAUCUACCGGUAUAUUAUUAAACCUUUUUUUUUUUUUUAUUUGACAUAAACAAGUGUAAUUGCCUACAAGCUAAUGUGGUUAUGUGCCAACUUCCUAGAGAACAUCCUUGUUCAUAGCGAAGCUGCUCUCGGGCAAUCAGGUGACUUGGUCUUCUGCUUAUUUUGGGAAACAUCAUAUUGUUAGACAUAGCCACUUCAUGGAUGUGAGCAGAUCAUGUGGAAAGAGAAUGGGGGCCCUUAGCUUCAAUGCCUCCAAGUGGCUGUGGACAAAAGAAAACCAUUCAUGCCAAAAUACAUGAGAAGGUAAACCGUUUGAGAUUUAAAAUCAGGGUCACAAGUCUAAUGAAUUCAAUUUCUAUACAUUUUAAAGCUAUUCCAGCAUUAGGCAGCUUUUAUAGUUUAUGCUAUCUUACCAUAACAUUUUUUCUGACACUACUAAUUGCACUAAUUAUAUCUGACAAAUUGAUAUUGUUAAGUAUAUAUAGAUAUAGGGGAGAUUUUCUAUGGUGCUAUGAUGUUGUUAUUUUAUAAUCUAGUAGUAAACAGAAUUUAUCUUUUCAUAUUCUGAUCUAGAUUUUAAUGCCUGAAUUCUGGAAUGGCUGAAAUCCUACAUGCACAUCUAGACGAAGGUUCAUUUAUUGAAGGAGUAAGCGAUCAAGUGAUUGUUGCUGUUGUCCUCAGCUUGUCCUUCAUUGCCACGCUGCUCUUUUUUCUCUUGAGGUAGGAUGAAAUCCAAAAUACAAUAUGUAAUGUGGAGUUUGUUUGCACAUAUAGAAGUCAUUUCUGAGGUUUAUUCAUUAAAUUGGAAAUUGUGGAGAGCUUACCAGAGCAUUGCAAACUAGCUCAAUUGGUAUAAUUCUUAAACUCUUCUAUUUUGCCAGCUCACCUAUUUUGGCCCAAGAAUUGCAAUUCCUUGGUCAAUUCCAUAAAUAUUUUGAUCUAGUGCAUAUUCUCACUCUUAGUCUGUGUGGAUAAAAAUGUAUAAUAUAUAUGUGUGUGUGUUUAAUUAUUUCACAAUACAAAUCUGAUAUUUUUUUUUAAAGCAACACUCCUGCUGUAGUGGCUAUGGUGUGCCCUGUUUUUGUUCCACAGUAAGUCAAACCAUUUUUCAGUAUGGUUGACAACUUACAUGGGCUCCCCAGGAGUCCCAACUGCAUCUAGGCUUGUCAUACAGGAGAAACAGGAUGUCUCCAUAAAUAAUGCAAGGCCGGUCCAGGACAGCACUCAUUGGCUUAAAGCAACCAGCUGAUGUAUUCAGUAUGGCCCUACUUUGUAAAUAACUGAAUUUUCCUGCAGUAAAAUACUGUAAGUAGGGGUUGUAGGUGGCCAGUAGGACACGGGAAAUUUGCCAAACCAUACUAAAUCAGUUUGAUCACAUACAGAGGGCAUUCUUGGCAUCAUAACCUUUACAGUGGGCUGCAGUGGUUAUGGUGUGUGUGUUGUUCCUUUAACACACUUCGGAGAACAUGACAGCCAGUUUCUUAAAAGCACAUUCUGGGCUUUUUCUUCAUCAGAUAAUGCAUUAAAACCUAUUUGUGCAGCUACUCAUGUUGUUUUACGUGCAACCCCGUAAGUUCAUACAUGCAAAAACAUGAAGGUAAAGGAAUCUGUGCAAGUGACAUAGGAUUCAAUGUCCUGAAGCACAAACAGGUUAUUAUUUUCACCAUAACCUAUGAAAAUAGAUGUCCAUGGUGCUUGGCAUGUUUCUCUAUCAUAUAACACUCUAAAUAAAGUACGAUAGCAGUUGUCUAUACUGCAGUUUUUCCGACCGGGGGUGCAGAGCAGCACACAUCCAGCAUUCCAGCUGAAGAUAACUGCCAUAACUGACAAGACUACCUAACCAAUGGUUCUCCCUGGAAUUGCUUGGUGGAGUGCUUACACCCUCUACUCUGCAAUGUCUGCACAGUACGGCAAGAUGCCUUAUGCAAUGUGGGUUAUAUUUGUAUUACACAUUCAGUAUCAAUGAGUGAUUAUUGCUUUUGGAGACACUGGUGUUUAAGUGUAUGGAGGAUAAUAGGACCCUUAGUACCCAAACUGUUUUACAAUGGGCUCGUAAUCUUCAUGGAACUUCAGAUCCAGGCCACCUCUAUCCAACCAUGCUUUCAAGUUUAUAUCAAAUAGAUUAUCUAUUUAUAUUGAGUAUUUCAGCCUUUUAAUGCUAUUCAAAUAUAGGCAGUUAAUAUUGCUAAUGUGGGAAUUCUGCAUUGGCAAUACAGAGAGCAGCGCCUGGGCUGCAGGAAAUUCUGCUUUAGGUCAAACACAGCUGGUUUAACCUCGAACCAGGGAUUGCACCCGCUGCCUAGGACAAUAGCCACUAUAACAAUAUGUAGUGAUUAUGGUGCUUAAACUACACAUUUAAACAUGUACUGUGAAAGCUUAAUUGUACAGUGCCAGCAUUUGGUUUUUGUCUUUUUUAAAUUUUGUUUAUUUUAUAGGAGUGAACAGCAAAACAUUCACCCUGAGAAUCAGGAAAGAGUGAGAGCAGUCCGAGAACAGCUACAAAAUGAACAAGUAAGAAUUUUGGCUUGAUAGCACAGCUGUAUUAUAUGCGAGUGGUUUGUUCGUUUUCUGGCUCUACAAAUUGUAUGAGUUAUCCUUCAAUCCUUAUAGAAUGAAAUACUAUACUAGGCUAUCCGUUUUACCUAAAGUAAGCAAUCUCCCGUGCUACCUCUUGUCUCAAAUCCCCACGGUAUCCUUUAGAUUGUAAGCUCACAAGCUAUCUACCUAUGCACUUUGUAUAAAAGAGCUUAAAUGGCAAGAUUUCAGCUUACGGGCAGGGCGCACUCUACCUUGUGUAUAUUGUAUGUUCUCCACUAAUUGUACAGCGCUGCGGAAUCUGUUGGCGCUUUAUAAAUACUAGUAAUAAAUAAAUGUCAAAAUUAAAUUGAAAAAACAUCUGUUGUGUUAAAUUGUUAGCAAGGUAUUAUUGGGAAUAUGUUAUGAGUUGGAUAGAGCAGGGCUUGACAUUUCUGGAUUACCAUGGAUACAGAGAAAUGGGACCUGUAGGCAGAGUUCAAUAGAUUUUCAUCAUCGGUCCCUAUAUGCUACAAGGGAAGGAGCUGUCUGCACACUAUGGUGGCAGAGACAGCUUCAAGAUUUCUGUGAAGUGUAAUGAAUCUGAGCACUGGGAGGAUGUUAUAUGGCAUGUGAGCUGCCUGAAUACAGAUAUGUCUAAGUAAGGAGGCUCCGAAGAGGCACUGGGAUAGCAGCCAUUCUCCCGCCAUAUCUAAAAAAAAAGAACUGUGAAUAUUUAUGGGUAAAGAGCCUAGGAAAACAAUGGAAAGGGUUGUAUAGGGCAGCAAUGAAAAAUGUGGAGGGGGGAAAAAACUCAGCUUUGGAAUAACUCUAGUCCUGAUACCAUAUUUAAUUUUAAUACUAAAUUUUAUACUAAACCUACAUUUAAUACCUCUUCGAAUUCUAAUGUCACAAUUAUUUAUAAACUUUCCGUUAUUUCUGUUUUGGCUCUAAACUUUUGGCUGUGGCUGUAGUCAAUUUUUGUGCUAGAGUUUUUACCAAAAAAUAACAAACUUUCCAACAUUGAACCGAAGUGACCCCUUUCCUAGUCAUAGGAUUGUUUUUUAAGAUUGGCACUCCUGAGCUAAUGAAAUUCUAGCAGUGAUCAGAACCAGUGUUAAUUUUGUUGAAUAACAAUAGAGAUUUAGUCAACUAAAACAAUUCAGAUUAAUAAAAUAUGACUAAAACAGCUUUUUAGUCAAAAGACUAUAACUAAAAGUAAAUUUACAUUUGCAGCCAAAAGUAACACUGUCGGGUAAGACACAUUGGGGGAGGGAGAAGAGGAAAUGAGACACAUGGGGAGCUGGAGGAAAUGAGACACAUGGGGAGCUAGAGGAAAUGAGACACAUGGGGAGCUGGAGCAAAUGAGACACAUGGGGAGCUGGAGCAAAUGAGACACAUGGGGAGCUGGAGCAAAUGAGACACACGGGGAGCUGGAGGGAUUGAGACACACGGGGAGCUGGAGGGAUUGAGACACACGGGGAGCUGGAGGGAUUGAGACACACGGGGAGCUGGAGGGAUUGAGACACACGGGAGCUGGAGGGAUUGAGACACAGCGGGGAGCUGGAGGGAUUGAGACACACGGGGAGCUGGAGGGAUUGAGGGAGCACACGGGGCGGGAGGGAUUGCUGGAGGGAUUGAGACACACGGGAGCUGAGGGAUUGAGACUGGAGGGAUUGAGACACACGGGAGAGCUGGAGGGAGACACACGGGAGCUGGAGGGAUUGAGACACACGGGAGCUGGGGAUUGAGACUGGAGGGAUUGAGACACACGGUGAGCUGGAGGGAUUGAGACACACGGUGAGCUGGAGGGAUUGAGACACACGGUGAGCUGGAGGGAUUGAGACACACGGUGAGCUGGAGGGAUUGAGACACACGGUGAGCUGGAGGGAUUGAGACACACGGUGAGCUGGAGGGAUUGAGCCACACGGGGAGCUGGAGGGAUUGAGCCACACGGGGAGCUGGAGGGAUUGAGCCACACGGGGAGCUGGAGGGAUUGAGGCACACGGGGAGCUGGAGGGAUUGAGGCACACGGGGAGCUGGAGGGAUUGAGGCACACGGGGAGCUGGAGGGAUUGAGGCACAUUGAGGGGGCUGGGGGAAUGAGGUACAAAGAGACACAGAAAAGCUGGGGAAGGGGCAAAAGAGACAGAUGCUUUAACUAAAUCCAUUACAUUUUAGUCGUGUCAUCUAAAAUAUAUUGCAGAUUUAGUCGACUAAACCUAGACUAAAACAAUUCAGAUGACUAAAAUGCGACUUAAACUCAAAUGGCUUUUUAGUCAAAAGACUAAAUUGGAAAUUGCUGCCAAAAUUAAAACUAAUCAGAACUGGUGGUCAGAUUUGACCAAUCUUGACUAUGGGGUCUAUACAGAAAUUGUUCAGUGUUUUGAUACGUAGAUUGCAAAGGACCAUCGUGGUGUGUUUUUUUUUUUUUGAUGCGUCUAAACAUGUAUUGCUCUGUUUCGUAUCAAUUACAAUUAACGAGCUCCUUAAUAUAAAACGGCGGUGUUCUACAUCAUGAUUGCAUGUAUGGAUAUCCAGUCUCUUUACAUACGGUUCAGCAUCAAAAAUCUGGUUACCCGGGCUAUUUUCAGCAGAUUGUUAAUGGUUGAAAUUGGGAUAAUAUUGACCUGGCUCAAGCAGCUACCAAUAAGAUGUUUGCUCUGCAGCAGAACCACCCUCUACAAUGCAAUGGAGACCCAACUUCCACUGAAAACAGACUGGUGGAUAUUUUUGCUGAAUUUUCCCUAUGUAUUCUAAUGGUUCUUUGAGCCACUUUUAUGUUUGAAUAAUGAGUUUCAAAGUUAUUGCCAUAUACAAAGUUUGAGUCUCUAUCAGAAUACAUAAAAACACAGCUUUAACCCCUUAAGGACACAUGACAUGUGUGACAUGUCAUGAUUCCCUUUUAUUCCAGCAGUUUGGUCCUUAAGGGGUUAAAGAACCACUAUAGUGUCUGAGGGUGGGGGGGACCUAAGGACUAUAUAAACUCGUUUUCCUGGCACAAUAUAGUCCUUAGGUCCCCCUCGCCCUCAGGGCCCCCCUCCCACUGGCCUGAAGGGGUUAAAACCCCUCCAGCAACUUACCUUAAUUAAGCACCGGGCUCCCUCGGUGCUGGUGACCUCUCCUUCACCUCCAACAUCAGCUCCAGAGUGGAGCCAAAUGCGCAUGCACGGCCAGAGCCUAGCGCGCAUUCAAACCUCCCAUAGGAAAGCAUUACUCAAUGCUUUCCUAUAGACGUUCUGCGUGCUCAAUGCGAUUUCGCAUUGAGCGUCGUGGAAGCGCCUCUGGCGGCUGUCAGGAAGACAGCCACUAGAGGCUGGAUUAACCCCGCUAUGUUUACAGCUGCAGGGUUAAAACCUGGGGGACCUGGCACCCAGACCACUUCAUUGAGCUGUUGUGGUAUGGGUGACUAUAGUGGUCCUUUAAAUAAAAGCUAGACUGGUAGUUUUGACUUGUUAGGCCUAUACUCUUACUUUGCUGGUUAGUGGGAUUCCAUAGGCACCAUAACCUCUACAUCUAGGCAUUACGUAGCUAAAGUACCCUGGCGCCAUCACACUGUUCAUUCAAUGUCAAACCGAUCGAAAACCGUUUAGCAAUGGUGUCCUGCAGCUUAGUCCUUUUCUGUUGCUCAGACUAAAGCCAUACAAGUAAUGGGUUGCCGUGAUCAGCAAACACUCUUACCCUGCUGCUGCUAUAAGUUGGUAUGGAUACUGGGAAUAUAAUAUCUGCAUUGGCUAUCCCUUCCAGCAGGGAUAAAAGCCAGUGGCAGCCAGGGGGUGGUCUUCAUUAAGUGUCUCCAUAAUUGUAAUAGGCUUAAUACUGAACAUGAUGACCAUAAAAUGGUCCAGUGGAUUCCUGUCAUCACAGCAUCAGUAAAAUGAAGUGGUUAUGGUGCCUAGCAUGUUGUUUAGGCUGACAUAAUGUUUGUAGAUUAGAAAAUGUGUCCAUAGAUAUGUUGCCUAAAUUUGAAUUCUUGUUUUUUUCUCAGGAGGACACACCUACUGCACCUCGCCUGCAGUUCUACUCAGACAUGUCUUGCCCAGUCUGUUUACAGCAAGCCACUCUUCCUGUUGAAACAAACUGUGGACAUCUUUUCUGUGGUAAAAAAAACUUGUUUGUUUUUUUUUAAGAUGGGAAUUUUACUUCCCUUUGUACAAUAAAUUAUAAGUAUAUUACUUGACACCACUUUAGUAAUUCAAAUGAAAACUGCAUUUUUUUAAAAUGGUUUUUUUUUUUUUUAAUGCAGAAGAUUAAGAGAUAUUUAGCAAUGUUAAACAGGCACUCUUUGGUGCUAAAUGUUGAGACUUUCUGUUAGUUUCCAUGGUGAUUGCUUCCUAAUAUCACUUUGCCCCAGAAUAGCACCUGUUUUUGCCUUGAUCAAUCUCCUCUUAUAUGUAUUAUAGGCUUUUUGAAAGUGAUAAUGAGCUAGGAUGCAUUUAUGCAUCCUGACAACAUCUGCAGGGUACCAUAUGCAUUCUGGGAUGGUUAAAGCUCAUGAAAUUGUACUAGUGCUUCUAACUUAUAAGGACCAAAUCUGGACAUCAACUUAUAAGGACCAAACCUGGACAUCCAUGAGCAGUGGUAAGCCAGGAGAUAGUAGAGAGAGAGAUAGUAACGUGCUUACUCAUUAUAAGGCUGUAUUGCACGUAACUCUUUUAUUUUCAGUGAUAAUAAAAAAAAUAGAAAAACCAACUAUCUACUAUCUAUCCUUGUAUGUUUUUUGUUUUUUUUUAUCGUGAGUGUCAAAUUCAGGGCCAGUGGCUGGUGUGUAUUAAAAAUACAGAAAUUUUGUGUCAAGUUAAAGGAAAACUAUGACUUUUUUUUUUUUUUUAAUGCAUUAUAUAGAUAAUAAACAAUAAUGCAAAAAAAAACUACUUGCCACCAAAGUUCCCUGCAGAUGCACUGUUUUAGACCGUUCCCUCAUCAAGUGUAAGCAUUCCAAUUAGGAGCCUCACAUUCUGGUCUUGAAAUCUUUUCUUAUCCAAUAAGUCACUGUCCAGUAGGACUUUAUGAGCUAAAAAAAAUUUCCUCAUCACUGAGGACAUCCACCUUAAUGUGACUGUUUUUUUUUUUUUAGCUCAGUUUAGUCUGGUACUUUGUGCUCUGACCAGGGAGAGAGAGCUCAGCCCAAGGCUGUGCAUGGAUAAACACUACCUGAUCAACUUGGACAAAUUUGACAUCAGGUUUGCUGCAGUUCUAAGCCUCUAUCAAAGCUGAGAAUUGGUGCGUAGUUUUCUGUGCCCGAUCAGCUUUGCAACAAUACAAAAUUGUAAGGGUGCAUAGAGUAACUUUUUGAAAAUAUUUGUGCACCACCUGGAAGUCUGGGGGAAUCUAUUCUGCUUUUGGGAUAAUUAUUCAUGGUUUAGUGCUAAGCAAUUUUGUGUACCAAGAAAAAAUGUUCCCAGUAUACAAAUUCCAGAUGAUUGUUUCAUUUUGAUAUGUUUAUAUAUAAAAAUAUUUUUUUAAUUUUUAAUUUCCUUUAAUUUAAAGGCCAAUGUAUUAUUGCAUACUGGAGAUAUGGCACCUGGCUUGGUGCAAUCAGUUGCCCUAUUUGCCGUCAAACGGUAAGAUUCUAUAUGAUAUAACACUAGUGAUCAGCAGUCAAAGUCUACAUUUUCUUAAUUUGCUUAUCCUUCAGAUAAGAAUAAAGCACGCCAUUAAUGUAUAGGGCAAGUGGGAAAAUUACACUGGAAAAAAAGAAUUCAAAUACUGUCCCAUACAAAUAGUCUUGGUGUGCUGCCAGAGAUGGGAUCCCCCCACAUUACUGAAUGGUUAAAAGUAGAAAACUGAGAAGGGGUCUGAGUGGGUUCAGUGCCUGUUUAUGAAAUCCUUGGGGACCAUACUUGUUGGGAACCCAGGAAUAGUUCUGUCAUAUAGCCAUAUUAUGUACAUAAUUAAGUUUCUGGGAAAAUUAAGAAUUAGAAGGGAUCACUCCCUUUCUUACUUGGGCAAUACAGCAUCUAGAAGCUAUGCAAAUUUGGGAAACUAAUGUAUUCAAAAUUUUGAUUUUUAUACGCUAGGAGGGAGACCUAGGAGUCUGGGUUAACAGUUAUCUCUAGCAGUUCACUAAUAUAGUCAAGAAUCCUGUAUUGCUGUGGAGCUCCACUCCACCUCAUGUGGUGCAUAGGUGUAGACACUAAAACAUUUUAAACCUAAAACAAGAGGCCGAGAGGCAGGUGCAAGCUUGACAUCAUUACUUUCUAUGCAUGUUUGUGUUUUUGUCUCAUGUUUUGUGUCAUGACCCCUGCAGGUAACACUACUUUUUCCAAUGUUUGAAGUUGGUGAACAGCAAGAUGCGCAGCAGCUAUUCCAGGAAGUAAAUAGUUAUAAUCGAAGAUUUUCUGGACAGCCACGCUCUGUAAGUAGCAAUAUAUACGGAUAUACAACAUCUGCAUAUGAUUUAUUUACUAUAUAAAAGCAUAUGCACCUGCACACAAAGCUCAGAAUUUUUUAUUUAUUUUUUUCCUUUACACUUCUAGAUUGAUGGGCGGUAUACAAACUACAGCUAUUUGCAGCUGCUGUCCUUAAUUCAGUUCCUCUCCCUUUAGACUGAGGUAUGUCAGGAGAGGAAAAUUAGAAUAACUUUUUCUUAACUACUUCUCUUGCAGGUUAGAUUUAAAGGAGAAGGCAACAAAUUAAUUUUGGCAGCUGCAAUUAGCAUCAUAGAUUUUGAAAACAUUCUGCUCAUUGAAAUACUGGGCCGACAAUGUAAUACAUAUAUCCAGUCAAAGUACAAAAGUAAGAGAGUAAACGAGGCUUUACAAGUUUCCUAAGAAACGCCUACAUCUCCUGUGUGAUUUGCCCAUUCUCAAAUGUCUAAGGUCUCUUGAAGAAACAUUCUAAGCACCAUAACCACUACAGUCUACAAUAGUAGUUAUGGUGCCAGGAGUGCCGUGGCACCUUUACAUAGUCAACCUGUGUAAGAAUGGUUUGACAAUUUACAGGGGUCCUGCUUAGUGCUCAUUGCUUCCUCCCCUGGUUCCAUUAGCUCCACUGAGCUAAGCCCAGCCAUGCAGAACCACGUUCAUUGGCUGAGAACACCCAUCUAACACAGACAUUUAAUGAGUGUGGCAUUAGCCCAGUGGAGCCAACGGAAGGUCCUUGCAGGGGUUUGUGACACUAAUGAGGUGCCAGUGGGCGCCUCGCGGGGCCCAGGUAAGUUGUCAAACUUGGCAUAAUUGUAUGUAAUAUCACGCCUUUUAAUAAAGCACAUCAUAACAUUUAACAAAAAAAAAAAAUAUAUAUAUAUAUAUAUAUAUAUAUAUAUAUAUAUAUAUAUAUAUAUAUAUAUAUAUAUAUAUAUAUAUAUUUUUUUUGUUAAAUGUUAUGAUGUGUUUUUUUGUUUUUUUUUUUUAAUAUUUUCCCAUUUAUGUAUAUCUUGCUUAGGAAAAGAUAACGCAAUGUUGUUUUUCAUCUUCUUAGUUAAUGGAGAGAAUUAUGGACUUGCCCACAUUGCUGCGCCACGCUUUCCGGGAGAUGUUUUCCGUGGGUGGCCUCUUUUGGAUGUUCCGGAUUAGGAUUGUCCUCUGUGUACUUGGAGCCUUGUUCUACAUUGUGUUACCCUUGGACAUUAUUCCAGAAGCUCUCUUUGGUAUUCUAGGCUUUCUGGAUGAUUUUUUUGUCUUCUUUUUAUUGCUUAUAUACAUUUCUAUCAUGUAUCGUGAGGUAGUAACGCAGAGGUUAAACAGGUGAAAAAUGUAUUUUAUUUUUUUUUUGCAUUCAAAACCUUUAAAUAAACUCUAUGCAGGAUUGCUCAAAAGCAACAUACAAAUACAUAACUGGAAUUUUUAAAAAUGAGUAUUCUUGCAUUUUGUGCAAAAUAAGGCUAAAAUUUAGGUUUAGUUGCCACUUACCAGUGUUUACUUCACAGUUUCAUAUUUGCGUCCAAAAGUCUGGAUAACUUGGCAAUGUUUGUUUAUUUCAAAAAUAGGUGCUACGGGGGAAUUCUAAGCAAGUGAAAUUUUGGCUUACUUACCCUUAAAUGUAAAGUCUUCCUUCCAAUACAUUAUAUUUAUGAAGCCUCCAAAAUAAAAUGUAAAGCCACUUUUGCAUUGCUAAUCGGUGUUACUUGAUGUUUCCAAAAUUACCAUAAUCCAGUUCAAAUGUCAAAGUGACUGAAAGGGAUACUCCACCCCUUAUAACUUUAAAAACAAAUAAUGCUUUAUGUGGGCAUUAUUCUUUAGGUCCCCACUCCCAAAUGCUGCAAGUAUUAACAUUUAAGUUUUACUCACUAGAAAUCUACGCCCCCUACUGACGUUACGCCUGUGCUCACGAGAUCCAAUCAAGGGCUUUUUAUUGAGACACCUGUAACAGGAGCGAUUAGCUGGCUUAGUGUGCAUCAUAGAAGAAUAAAAAGGAUUCUGCUAAUAUAAGAGUUUAGUUUCGUGGACACAUGGUAAUUGGAUAUCCUUAGGGAGUUAAGAGGGGUUUGUGGUAGCAUUAAGGAGUUGUAGGACUUAGAGAUUUGAGUGCAGGGAAAUGGAAUAAAUGAUGUCAAUUUGAUUGCAAUUUGACUAUCUGUGAAUAGCUGAAUCUGCAAGCAUCAUAGCCAAUUCAGUAAAUAACCCUGGCCAGUUCACCCACGAAUGGAGCAAUUAUUAAUUUUUUGCACUAAAUCUUUCAGAAGACAAAUACAAAAAAAAUAGAUAACCGCGCCUUAAAACGCAGUAAUGUACAAAAAUGAAGUCAAAUAUAAAUCAUAUGUACAUACUUUUUUGUUAAAAGUCUAUGAAGUCUUUGGCUAUUAUACAGUGCAUGGUAUCUCAAAGAAAAAGGAAAGAGAGAGACCAUAAUAGUGUAGUAUGAAUUUAACACAGUGAAGUAGAGUGCUAUAGCAAAAACGCACUCACAAUUUAUAGAGCUACAAAGUGCUCUGCUGUGUAGGGCAUAGACGGUACAAUCCCCAACACUGGAUAUAUUUUCAGCUACAGUGGUGGUAGACUUUAUCUGUGUCUCGAAUAUUUGAAGACAGAAAUUGGAAUAUCCAGUAGUGCAAUAUGUAUAUCAAUGUGGUAGUGCAUAUUUGAAAAGGUAGGUAUCUUACUCACAUGAACUAGAGCUUAGACCUGCUCUAGUAUAAAGCACUUUGGUGGUAUGAUCUCCACCUGGGAUAUAUGUGGAUCAGGAAGCCCCCCCCCCAAAAAAAAAUAAAAAUAAAUUCUAAAUAGAUAAAAUUUAUAUUUAAAAGGAUUAACUUUAUUAUGAUAAACAAGAUAGAGAUAGAGAUAUAUGUGUCACUUCUGAUGAAACCUCAAGGGUGAAACGCGUAAAGUGUGGCUCGGUCUUCCAUUUGGAUUGAUAUAUGUGUAUGUAUAUAUGUGUGUAUAUAUAUAUAUUAAUCUAUAUCUCUUGUUUAUCAUAAUAAAAUGAAUCCUUUUAAAUAUAAAUUUUAUCUAUUUAGAAUUUCUUUCAUUUUUUUUUGGCUUCCUGAUCCACAUAUAUCCCAGGUGGGGAUCAUGCCACCAAAGCGCUUUAUACUAGUGCAGGUCUAUGCUCUAGUUCAGGGAUAGUCAACCAUCGGCACUCCAAAUGUUGUGGACUACAUCCCCCAUAAUGCUCUUACACCCAUAAUGCUAACAAAGCAUUAUGGGAGGUGUCGUCCAAAACAUCUGGAGUGCCAAAGAUUGCCCAUGCCUGCUCUAGUUCAUGUGAGUCUCACACUACCUGAACUACAUAUCCCAUGAUUCCUAAUCCGUAGAGGUUAAAGGGAUUUGCACAGCUAUCUUUUCCAGACAAUAGGAAGGUGGGAGUGGCUGGUAAAAUAUACAUGCUGGAUGUGUGCUCUCAGCACUGUUCCUUUGAUGGCUGGGUUCUGUAUUGAUCUCAUAGAAGUAACCUUUAAUAGUUGUCUUAUAUAUUGACUUCAAAACUGGCUUUAUACAAACCUUUAUCAAAUUUUAACUUCAAUGAUAACUAUGAGUGUUAGUGAUGUAGACAGAAUACAUCAUUUUAUUCUGGUCAUGAGGCUCCAAAAGAGAAUGUUCUACCACAAUUGUUAGAACAAUACCAGAUUUGGAGUUUAGUUAAAGGUCCACUAUAGUGCCAGGAAAACAUACUCGUUUUCCUGGCACUAUAGUGCCCCGAGGGUGCCCCCACCCUCAGGGUCCCACCCCCGCCCGGCUCUGGGGAGAGAAAAGGGGUAAAACUUACCUUUUAUUCCAGCGCCGGGCGGGGAGCUCUCCUCCUCCGAUCCUCCUCCUCUCCUCCCAUUCGGCUGAAUGCGCAUGCGCGGCAAGAGCUGCGCGCGCAUUCAGCCGGUCUCCUAGGAAAGCAUUCAUAAUGCUUUCCUAUGGACGCUUGUGUGUUCUCACUGUGAUUUUCACAGUGAGAAUCACGCAAGCGCCUCUAGCGGCUGUCAAUGAGACAGCCGCUAGAGGAUUUGGAGGAUGGAUUAACCCAUUUAUAAACAUAAAAAAAAAAAUUAAAAAAAAAGGGUUAAUCCUAGAGGAACCUGGCACCUAGACCACUUCAUUAAGCUGAAGUGGUCUAGGUGCCUAGAGUGGUCCUUUAAUAACCCUGUAAGUGUUCUCUUUAAAAAUCCAUUUCUAAGUAAAAUACAUUUUCUGUAUUACUCCGGUAUGGUCCUGUAUUAAUAUCUCCAGUAUUUUUUAUCUAUGAUUUGUUUUUCAUAACUGAAAUGGUGUGGUAAAAUUUGGCUAGCACUAAACAGUGUGCAUGUUUAUGUAUGGGGCAAUAAGUGAGUUUUAUAUUGGGUAGACACUGCUGCAAACUCUGCUGUAUUGUUCGUAAUGGGAAUGCACGAUUACCAUACUGAUGCAAAUUGCUACUCUAAUCAUUUUCACUUAAUUAAAAUACAGUAGAUGCAUAUGUCCAAUGUGUAUGUUCGUGUCAUCAAUAGGGUACCAUAUUUAGUAUUUUUGAAUGAUACUGUUGCAGUCUUCAUAUGUCUAUCUUAAAAUGUGGAUUAGAUAUUUUGCUGCCCUCCCCUUUUUUAAAUUGAUUUUAUUAAAUUUAUAAAUUAAGUGUAAACAGUACCUUCAUUUUCUGCUGAUAGUGGUGCUAUUGGAGGCUAAAUAGGGCUAGAACAUAGAAUACACAUUAACAUUAUGUUAAUAUGCAUCUAAAUAAAUUACAUUCAAAAGCUGUGUGUUGAUUGACAGAUGUUAAAAUGCCAUGGGACCUUUAUGCUGUUAGGACAUCCCAUAUGCAGGCAUGGCACUCCCCAGUAAGUGCUAGAUGUUGGAUGAAUCUGUAAUCUGAUGUGACUGGUUUCAGUCUGCUACAAUUUUUGAAAUGGAUGCCAAAAUCACAAAGAUCUCUGUAAUGACCAGCAUUCUUGAAUAAUAUUACUAUCCGGGCAGUAUUGCUAUUCUGACUUCGCUUUUCUCUCUGGGAUGAUACAAUUACAUUGUAGAGCUUUAGUUGAUGUUGGUGUCCAGUUAUACCCAAAUCAAUAUGAACAGGGCAAAACCGGGUCCUUUUAAUAUGUUGCAGGAGACAGGUCACCUCACCCUGGGGGACUUUUACCAUUAUUUUAAGAUACACAGGAUUCUACGGAUGGGGUCGCACCCUGUGCCUCAAGGACCAUAUCUGGUUUGAAUGCACAUCUUAAAUGUUUUGAGUUACUCUGGUACCCACGCUCUGCUCCUGUGUCACCAGCUGAGUGGAUGUUUAAAGGCUUGGGAGCCCAAAGACAGACUUGGUAUAUUUUGUAUAAAUGUGCAUUUAUUGUUCCUUUAACCAAAGAGAAAUGAUGAAAAACAAAAUAAACAAAAAAACAUAGUGGUGUUUUUAUGGAACAAAAUUCCUGCACUGUACAUCUUUUCAAGUUGUGAAGGAGCAAUCUUCUUUCAUAGCAUUUUAGAAAGCCUUGGUAAGUGGCUCAUUCAUUUACUAUAUGGUUGCCUUUAAAAAUUUGUUGUUUUUUUUAAACUUUUUACUUUUUUUGUGGUGGGGUGGCGGAGCGGUUUGUUUAUUAUGUGUGCUUUUAAAAUAUCGAAUGUACAACCAAACCCAGUUCAUUUUGGGAAGGUCUAAGGUGAGACUGUGGGAUCCUCAAUAGACAGAGGUUUUUUUUUGUUUGUUUGUUUUUUUCCCUUAGAGAAAUGACAAGCUUGGCAAAAGCUACCUCCCUCUUUUAUCAGGCAUAGGAAAAUUCCUGAGCACCUACUUUUGUCUUAGUAUAUCUUUAGACUUGUUUUGGCAUUUAAGUAAAAUCUAUCUUAAUCAAUUAGUCAUUGGAGGGGAGAGCUGCGAUGACAGAGCUGUUUUCAAUGGUUAUCUAAUUGUACAAUGAUAUUUGUUUGAAAGCACAAUCCAAGCACCACUUACCUCCAAAAUAAACAUUUGAUAACUUACCUGGGGUAUGUGUGGACCCACUCACAGCCAGAAGUGAGAGCUAGGAGCUUCUAUAAGUUCUUCUGAGCUAAGCCCUGUACCGUGAGUGUCCAGCUGUAAGGAGGCAUGGUGUGGCACCUUGCGGACCCCAAAUAUGAUGACGAACUGUUAGCAAAUGGUUUGACUACUUACAAUGGGAUAAUCCUGGCACCAAAACACUACAGCGUACUGUAAUGCUAAUGAUGCAUGGGUUGUUAUUUUAAAAUGAAUGUAAUGCUAAAGAGGAAUACAAACUAUGACACUACAUAUUUUCUAUUUUAAGGAAGACCACAGUAAUAUGUCACACAGCAAUCUACUCCAAGAGGGAAUGUAAGACAUGAAAAUAUUAGAACAAUAUCAGUCAGCUUUUUUUAGUUCCUUCCUGUGUGCAAAAUGCAUUGCUCAACCUUCUAGCACUCAGAAUUAGCAAUAUGCGUCAACUGCAUAUAAUCCUAGUGUGAGGAUUGUAUUUGACGUUUCUAAGGCAAUAUUUAAUGUGAAUGUAACUAAAAAAAUGAAAGCUGUUUCUAUUUUACACAAUUAAUUAAAUAAAAUAAUAAUGUAUUGUUGAAUUUGUGUUCACUUGUGCAGUCCUCUUCUGGACUUGGUGAUAAACUAGCAAGCCUGAUUUCUUGGCUGUCUUAGCAAAGUUUGUGAUUGCAAGCCUGCGCAGCCUAUAGACAUGGUUUGCAGAAGAUGCUACAAAACUGCUUGGUAUCAAGAUCUAGAUCCAUCUAUGCUCAGUUAUUCUAAGCUUGUUAUUCAGCAGUGUAAUAAUACUUCCUGGUUAUUUGCUUUUCAAGAGGGGGGAAAUCUAUAUUUUGCUAAUCUAUACGUUUGGAAUUUUAGUUGGCACACUGUACAAACACAGCCUGAUAUUUUUUUUUUUUUUUUUCAUUGAAGAUAAAGCACACUUUUUGUAUAUGAUUGUAUAUUACCUCUGAAAUGUGUUAAUACGAGUUAACACCUGAGUAUUUUGUUAACAUUACCGAUAUGGGUACAAGAGCUUACAACUUCCAGGGAUAAGUGUUUUUCUGCAAAGUCAGUAUUUUUAACCAAACAUUCUGUGGAUGCUACAAUGUACUGCAUACAAUAUUAAAACUGGACAGUUAAGCUUU